UGAGUGUUGCGUCACACAUCCGGUUAACACUGACCGUUAACUUUUUGGUCCUACUCAUACACACACGCUUAUAUUAGAUGUGUUGUUUUACAUCAGAGGACGAUACUGUAGGUCUUGUAAGAGGCAGAUUUUAGAUUCUUUGUGAGACCACGAACGCCACCACUAGCAGGGCUGCUGAGCAUCAUGUAUCAGAUCCUGAUCUUCCUCCUUGUCCUGGGCCAGACUCGAUCCCUGAACCCCGGCGUGAAGAUGAGACUAACAGACAAGGGACUUAACGCAGUGAACUCAGUUGCCCAAAGUCUUGUGGCCAGAGAACUGGACAAGUUGAAGUUGCCAGAUCAAGACGGAAAGGUUUCAGUCAGAAACAUGAGAAAAGAGAGCCUGACACCCCCACACAGCCACAUGAGUCCUGGACCCACCGGUCUAACCUGGACUUUGACAGACUUCAGCCUAAGUGUCGCGUUUGAUUGGUCCUACCAGAAGAAAGUUUGGUUCGCUAAAGUGCGUGACAGUGGGAGAGCCAGUGCUACAUUUAGAGGGGUCAGCGUGACCGUGACCUUAGCUGUGGAUCUAGACGGGAACCAAGAACCACUGUUGAGAUCUCGGGGAUGUAGUGCCAACAUCGGAGACUUUAAUCUCAGAUUCCACGGCGGCAAUGCCUGGCUCUACAACAUCAUCAAAGGGUUGUUUCAAAGAUCUUUGAAAAAUAAAAUCCGUGACAAGAUCUGUGAACUGGUGGAGAAGUUUGUCAAUGAAAACGGCGCCAGAGAGUUGAGGACGAUGAGAACCAGCGCCAAUGUUGGAGAUCUCUUCGCUCUAGACUUUAAGCUGACCGAGUCUCUGGUGUUUACUCCACAGUACAUAGAGUCACGUCACAGUGGUGAGUUCUACUCUAAGACCAGCAGGACGGCCACACCACUGACCCCAGCACCGAUUCCAGACUGGCCCUACACGGACAACAUGCUGUACAUCUGGGUCACUGACUACACGGCCAAGACUGCCGCUUACGUCACGCAGUCCAAAGAUUUCCUCAAGUACACCAUCACCAAGCAGACGUUACCUGCCGAAAGUAGAUCUAUCUUGGAUACCACCUGCCCAUCUGAUGAAACCUGUGUCGGUGCUUUCAUUGAUCAGCUGAGUGAGAAUUAUCCCAACACAAGUGUGGCCAUAGACAUCAGGUCAGCCAAAACACCGGAAGUUGCGUUUACAACCUCUGGCCUUGACCUCAAACUGUACGGGCAGUUGACCUUCACCGCUGGAGGUCAAACUUUUCUCAGCUGUUUGGUUACUCUGUCUCUGUCGGGCACUGCACAAGUAGAAAAUGAAAAGCUCAUUGGAAGUAUAACUGAUAUAAGUCUUACAGUAUCUGAAGCCUCACCGCCCAUGAACCGUGUCUAUAUGUUCAUGCUAAAUGUAGUUGCCAAUCGCCUUGUCAGAACUGUUGUACAGCCCGCUCUAAAUGAUCUAGCCAGGAAGGGAGUUGACCUUCCCAUCCCUAAAGGUGUCAAGUUUUCCAAUAGCAGACUCGCAUUUUAUAAUGGUUACCUGCUAGUGGCAACUGACGCCAUAUUCACAUGAAAGCAAUGACGUCACUUCCUAUGAAAUGAACAUUGAUGAAGAUGUCAAGGAAUGGCUAACAAUGUUGUACCAUAUACUCACACGGAUAAAAUUGUUUGGCGUUAGACUACACGGAGUUCCACUCUACUGAGAUUUAUAUAGAGUUGAAAUUGUCCAUGAAAUAAAGAAAAAUAGAAGAGAAAAAAA